GGUGUCCUUAUCAUAUACAGAGCUCGAAUCAUAUGGUGGAUAUCGCAGUAAAAGGUCCGAAGGAAGUUUGAGAGUGACAAACGAAGUACAGGGUCUGGCUGGUUCCUUCUUGGAGGUUGACUGGUUGGGCAAAGCUCUUUUGUCUGUGUGGUUGUUGGUGUUUCGAGGAGCCAUCGUGACUUCUGCAGACUGCGUUUUUGAUCGAGAAUCUGGAUUGAGUUGAAUCGCAGGAGGAAGGAGCCACCCAGGGUGACGCGUGUAAUGUUGAAAGAGGAAAGCGCGCGUGUUUGAAAGGAACUGCAACGGCAACUGCGAUGGACUGCGUCACUUGAUCUGCAGACAGCAAGAGCGAGUGUCAGCCAAAUUUUCAUCGACUCGUCCACCAUCACAAUCACAUCUCACAGCUCACAGCUCACAGCUCACUCUGCAGCUCGACAGGAUGGCUUCAGGCGACUUACACGCAGAGCUCUUGCGUCCUGCAGUCCUGCAGAUUUUACGUGCAGCCGGCUUCGGGUAUGCCCGUCCAGUUGUUGUCGACACUGUGACCGAUCUAGCAGCCCGCUAUCUCAAUCUUUUGGCCUCGUCUACCGCUCAGAGCGCCUUUAUCACACACAACACCAAUGUCCCCACGAUCCAGGAUGUUCGAAUUGCUCUCACACUCGCGGGGGCGCUGGUGCCUCAGAUGGGCGCGGCGGAGGAGAAUCUCAAGGAUGAUGUAGAGAUCGAUGGGGUGAUGGUGCCGUUCGAAGAUCUGCGUGGCGUGCAGAAUUUUGUCAAUUGGGCUCAAGGCCCUGUAAACAAGGAAAUUCGAAGGGUUGCGGGAUUCGAAGAUGACUCGAAUCUCGAAGAGAUUGCGGGGUUGGAUGAUCAAGAAGACUACUUGACCGCAAUUAAAAAGAAACACAGCAAGACAGGUGAAGAAUCUCGUUUUCAAGGCACCGUUCUAGGAAAAGACGCCGAUCUACAGCAGGUGACAAUUGUCGGCGGUCCAGCCUCGUCAAUGGCUGAAUGGACAAAACUGGCAUUGUCUGGCAUCAACACACCUCGAUCUCCUUCACACAUGGCUUCACAAUCACACACUGAAGAAGCUGCCACUCCAGCCUCUUCGGGCAUUAGCAGCGCCCCUCUCACCCCUAUCGAGUCACCUUAGGAGCUGACUCACCCUCGUGACGCCCAGUUAAUAUCAUGGUCGAUACAAUAUCACCAUCAGCAAUUCACUCAACUUUGAGGUUCAAGUGGAUCCCAGCCACCUCCCAUGAUCUACGAGUACACCAAAAAUGACACAACGAUGGAAGCAGAUCUCAAAAAUUCUCGUCAAAGCAGGAUACUUCUAGCGAUCACUAAUAAUACUCGAUGCAAAGAAGUCAGUCAUGUGACUGAUAUUACUCAAGUUUCAAAUCCAUACAUUUUCACGUGUAGUGC